AUAUAGUGUGUGUAUAAUAUCUCUCAUUAUAUUUUAUUUUAGCUAAAUUUAUAUCAAUAAAUUUAAUAUAUUUUAUAAAUAAAAUAAAAUUUUACAUUAAUUAAGUGAUUAUAUUAAUUUUAUUUAUAAUUCUUCAUUCAUAUGAGAGAGGAUAUUAUUUUAACUAUUAAUUUUGUAAUUAUUUAAAUUUUAUGACACGAAAUUUUAGAAUGGCAUCAGAUAUAGGUCCAAACUGAAUACUUUUUUGAUUAUAGUGUUUCCGAUCGAAAUAAAUUGUGAUAUUCGAAGUUUAUUAUUGAAAGUACAUAAGUUUCGUAAAUUGUAUUUGUAAAACAAAGUGAAAAAAAAAGAGAAAGUAAUUUUUACUUUUACUACAUAUUGAAUUCAUUUCUCAAAAUGGUAAAUGAUAAUUUUUUUUAAUUAAAAAUUGUUUCGUACAUUCAUUGUUUUGAAAAUCGCAUAUAUCAUAUGGCAUUUGUUCUGAAUGAGCAUCAUAAAGGCUUGUAUCUGUUCCGUAUUGUGUGAUUUAUCAAACACGUGUUGUCGGAAAUUCUUUGAACUAUUUGCUAAAAUAAUACUUUCCAAGUAUUGUUGUAAUAAUUUGUGAUAAUAAAAAUGUCGAAUUUCAAGCCACCUGAUUCUAAAAGAGAAGAAUUUAGAAAAUAUCUGGAAAGAGCAGGAGUGAUGGAUGCUCUUACGAAAGUACUUGUGUCUUUAUAUGAAGAACCAGAAAAACCAGAUGAUGCUUUAGAAUAUAUUCGUCUAAAUCUAGGAGGCAUCACAGAAGUUGAUGUGGAAGUACAAACAUUAAAAAAGGAAUUAGAAGAAGCUAAAGCCAAAAUCAAUGAGUUAAAAACAAAGUUGGUAAAAUAUGAAGCAGAUGAAGGAACAGAUUAAUUCACGAAGAUUUAGUUAUAAUAGGAUACUAGUCCUUGCUGGACACUGACUUUUACAGAAAGUCAGACCGACUAUGUGCCUUAAAAAUAGAUAUAGCAAAUCACUUUCUGAUACAAUUUAAAACAUAAGAUAAAUUAAGUUUCAUGCAAAUUCCAUUAGUUAUAAGCCUAUUUCUUAUCAUGUUCACAAAAGUAUAGAUGAUACUUUUUAUAUUUGUUUUUUAACAAAAUUAUAUGUGUUUAUAACAUAAGAUCUAGUUUGUAAUUAAAAUAUACAAACAGGAUGAUAAAUUAGAAAGUAAAAAUCAAAUUAAAUUUUUUGUUUUGUGAUAUUUCUGAUAUUAAUAAAUAUAAUGUAUUAUUUUGUUUUUUAUAUAAGUUGUAUAUUUUUUUUUUUUUUUUGCAAAAAUAUCAAAAUAAGUCAAUUAAGUUUAAUAUAAUAAAUGUGGUAAUAAUCUUAUUAUAAAUACACAAAACAACAUGAAGUUAGAAUUCAAAUGUAUUUGUGACAAUAUACAUAAAUAUUGGUGUAUCUAGCUUAUAACCUAAAUGGUAUUCGAGUUCUUCAUUUCAUUGAUAAUUUCCAACAGUACUUUUUAUUCACAGGCUCUUUCCAUUUGACAGUGUAAUGUAAGUAACCUUUAAAAAAAAAAAAUAUUAAAAUAUUAUUAAAAUUAUAUAAUAAAUAAUGAUAUAUGUGAAUUCA